AUGAAUUAAUAUGUGCGCAUCAAACCUGUGUUUGCAACAUUCUAUCCAGACCAAUGCAGGAAUCAUUCGAAGGAAAACAGAGUGAGUUCCGGAUAUGCUCAAAGCAGAAUGGAAGAGAAAUCAUAAUCAGUCGAUAAAUUUAAAAAUCAAGUGAUCCAAUUGCAAACUCAACAGAACGAUUUGAAUGAGCACAUGCAAAUGCAAAUAGGCAAACUCAUGGAGAGGAUGAAUAAUGCAGAACAACAUAUUGCAAGGAUCUAUGAGAGUGGAUGGAUGGAUGCCAUCAAUAUAGUUUAAGAGGACAUGCACAAGUUGCAACUUCAACUCCAGAGUGUCUAAUAAAUGAUCGUUGUUGAGGAAGAGAAGUCACAACAAUUCUACCUAGAACAAAUCAAUCAAAUGAAAUACACAGUAUUAGAUUAAAUUAAUAGUAUGGAUUCAGAAAUCAACGUCAAGAUGGAAGAUCUAAGAAUUAAGUUGGAGGAAUACAACCAAGAAUUUAAAUUAAAAUUGGUUGAAAACAACGACAUAGACAAAUACCAACGAUUUAAUGAAGAAAUGUCAAUAUAUCUAAAAAAUAACAAUAACUAAAAUCUCACUCUCUCACCAAAAUACAAAAGCAGAUCAUAAAAACUAUCCUUACCCUAAAUAAACGAAUUGGAUGAUUCCUAAUAACUUCAAUCCUUUUAAUUUUUGCAGUCUCAAUCCCUCCAAUAUUAAUUAGACAACGAAGGAUACCUGUUACUAAAUGGAGAAUAUAUAUACGAUAGUGUGGGAAAUAAACAAUAGUUGUCAAAUGAUUAAAUAAAAUAUCUAAAUUUAAUACCAAAAUGA